AUGCGGACGUGUCGGUCGGGUCGGUGCGAGUGUGCGGGCGAUGGAUAUGCGGAGAACCCUAUAAAUGGUCGCAAAUGUGAAUACCAAUCUACUCCCAGGUCGGGUAAUAACGAGUGUACCCAUAAUGACUAUAAGGAAAACCAGUUAAAUGUAAUUAACUGCGAAUACCAGACCACUACUGCACCGGUGUCACAACAGCUUGGUGAAAAUGGUGAUUGUUUGUGGUCAGUGGUUAACAACGCCGGUAUAGCAACUGUAGGUCCACUGGAAUGGGGAUCAAUGGAUGACUACCACCGGGUGUUUGCCGUCAAUACCUUCAGUGGCGUACGAGUGACGCGGACUUUCCUACCGCUCAUUAAGGCCUCAAAAGGCCGUAUAGUGAACGUGGUCAGCAUGUUGGGACGUUUUUCAUCCAAUCUGAUCGGAAUCUACUGUAUGUCCAAACACGCGAUGACCGCAUUCUCGGACACAUUGCGCCGGGAGUUGCGUGGGUUUGGUGUUAGUGUCAGUACCAUUGAACCGGCAUUUUUUCGCACAAACAUCGCUGACUGUAGCCGUGCCGGUAACGGAGUGGAGCGCACAUGGUGUCAAACUAGUCGAGAGGUACAGGAGACUUACGGCACCUCCUAUUUGGCGGCUCAGAAACAACUGUCUAUGAAUAUCGAUAAGUUAUGGCGAAUGGGCGAUGAUAUCGAUAUAGUGAUCAAUGAUAUGAUAGAUGCCGUGCAAAAUGUUGAGCCUAGGGUGUCACAACACCUUGGUAAAAACGGUGAUUGUUUGUGGUCAGUGGUGAACAACGCCGGUAUAGCAACUGUAGGUCCACUGGAAUGGGGAUCAAUGGAUGACUACCACCGGGUGUUUGCCGUCAACACCUUCGGUGGCGUACGAGUGACGCGGACUUUCCUGCCGCUCAUUAAGGCCUCAAAAGGUCGAGUAGUGAACGUGGUCAGUAUGUCAGGUCGUUUCUCAACCAAUAUUAUCGGAAUAUACUGUAUGUCCAAACACGCGAUGACCGCAUUCUUGGACACAUUGCGCCGGGAGUUGCAUGGGUUUGGUGUACGGGUCAGUACCAUUGAACCGGCAUUUUUUCGCACAAAUAUUGCCGACUGUGUCCGUAUCCGUUCCAAACUGGAGGGCACAUGGAGUCGAACUAGUCGAUGCGACACAGGAGUCUACGCCACUGUUAUAUCAGAGUCGAGUCCAGGGGCUAAGGAAUUGAUCACAAAGUGUAGAUUUUCAGAUAAAAUCCAUGUCUGGGAAAUGGAUGUCACUAAUGUGGUGAACAACGCCGGUAUAGCAACUGUAGGUCCACUGGAAUGGGGAUCAAUGGAUGACUACCACCGGGUGUUUGCCGUCAACACCUUCGGUGGCGUACGAGUGACGCGGACUUUCCUACCGCUCAUUAAGGCUUCAAAAGGUCGCAUGAUAAACAUGGUCAGUAGUUUAAGUCGUUUUUCUAUGAACGGACUCGGAGUGUACGGUAUGUCCAAACACGCGAUGAUCGCAUUCUCGGACACAUUGCGCCGGGAGUUGCAUGGGUUUGGUGUACGGGUCAGUACCAUUGAACCGGCUUCUUUCCGCACAAAUAUAAACCAAAUUAGCCAAUCAGUUGACAUACUGGAGCGCACCUGGAAUAACACCAGUCAGGAUAUACAGGAGACUUACGGCACCUCCUAUUUCCGAGCUCAGAGGAAACUGGUCAUGAAUGUGCAUAACAUAUGGCGAUCGGGUGAUGAUAUCGAUGUAGUGGUCAAUGAUAUGAUAGAUGCCGUACAAAGUGUUGAGCCCAGUAUUAGCAUCAAAUGUGUCCCCGAUGUGACCCAAUGCUCAACAAACAGCGAUUGUAAUACAAAUAACAACGAGGUAUGUGUCGACGGCACCUGUAGGUGUGCGGCUAACUACCAGUCCGACGGUACGGUAUGUCAAAAAUAUACCUGUACUACAGCCAGUCAGUGCGCAAACUCGUGGGACUUGUUACGUACUUGUGAUACAACCACCAAAACGUGCGUAUGUCUGGACAUAAGUCGCCAAAACCCUAAUAAUGGCUAUAAAUGUGACCUGGAGUACGUGCCUACCUGUCCAUGCGGUACAGACCCUAACGAACUCUGUGUAUCAGGAGAGUGUAGGUGCGCACCGGACUAUAAAUACAGUCCCGUGUCAGACAAAUGCGAGCCAUACAAGUGCACCAGUAGUCCAGAUAACUGUCGCCAGAGUUGGGACGUAUUGAGGGUCUGUGCGGACGGGAAGUGUGUUUGUAAUAAUGAUAUACUCAGGGAGGACACCACUAAUGGCCGGGUAUGUACGGAACAUUGGGCACCGGUAUGCGGGGCUGAUGGCGAUUGUGGUGACCACGAGCUCUGUGUGGAUGGGAAGUGCCGGUGCGCUCCCGAGUAUGGCUGGAGUGCUGUGGAGGGGAAGUGUAUGAUAACGCCGUGCGGUCGAUGCGAUCGGUUAUACCCCUGGGAUCUCAUGAGAAACUGUAGGGAUGGCAAGUGUGGCUGCACUGACUUGUUUGUGGAGGAUCCUGAUAACGGCCGUAAAUGUGUACCA